AUGAUCGAAGAUCUUUCAUAUUUAAUCUUUAACGAUUCGGUCACAUUUUAUAAUUUGACCAAUUAUGAUAUUCAAGAUCCAUCACUUACAAUAUUUUUACCAUCAUCUAUUUCAUCUGAUUCAUCACAUCCAUAUCCAUUACAACUUAAUAUUGCAUUUGCUAUUAUUGGUACAUUUAUAUCAUUACUUACAAUAUGUGGUAAUAUACUUGUACUUGUUUCAUUUUUUGUUGAUCGACAAAUACGUCAUCCAACAAAUUAUUUUAUAUUUUCAUUGGCAGUUAGCGAUGUUUUAAUUGGUUUUAUAUCAAUGCCAUUUUUAACAUUAGCUAUAUAUAAAAAUAAAUGGGUGCUUGGAUCAUUUUUAUGUGACAUUUGGUUAUCAUUAGAUUAUACUGUGUGUUUAGCAUCUAUAUAUACGGUACUUUUAAUAACCGUUGAUCGUUUUUGUUCAGUUAAAAUUCCAGCUAAAUAUCGUAAUUGGAGAACAGAAAAACGAAUUAUUUUUUUGGUGCUUUUAACAUGGCUUGUUCCAGCAUUUAUUUUUUUUGCUUCAACAAUGGGUUUUCCAUUAUAUAGUAAAAAACCCAAUUUAAGUAAAAUUGAUUUACAAUGCGAUGUUCAAUGGAAUAAAAAUGCUUAUUUUAAUCUAGGUCUUACAAUUGGUUAUUUUUGGGUAACACUUUUAGUAAUGUUCACAUUAUAUUUUUUUAUUUAUCAAGUGGCAAGUGCACUAGAAAAACGUUCAAAAGAAAAUGCUAAAAAAGUUUCUACACUUAUUGGAAUACCAUCAUCAACAAUGACAAAUCUUGUAAUAAAUAUGUCAAAAAAUCAUCGAACUUCUCAAGCAGAAGUCAUUUCAUCAUCUUCAUCAUCAAAGAAAAAAAAAAGAAAACAACAAACAUAUUCACAUCCAUCUAAACAUCCAACAAGUAUUGAUGAUGAUCCAGCAAGUUCAAUACAUAAUAAUAAUAAUAAUAAUAAUCAAAAUGGACCUGAUGCUACUAAUCAUUCAUCAUCAAAUGAAACAAGUGAUGAACAUACACCUACAGCUAUUGUGGCACCAAAUAUAACUAAUUUACUUGCACUUACUAAAGUUGGUAUGGAACCACAUAAACAAUUAGAUGAAAAUCAAACACUUUUACCUAAUAUACAAAAUAAAAUUGUAACACCAACGAUAAGAUCAACUAAUCAAAAAUCAUCUGGAAAAAAUUCUAGUAAUAAUAAAGCAAGAAAAGCAUUACGUACAAUAACUGUUAUAAUGGGAGCAUUUGUUCUUUGUUGGACACCGUGGCAUAUUCAUACAAUUAUUCAAACAUUUUGUCAAACAUGUCGUGAAAGUAUUGUGUUUAACACAUAUCUAUUUCAUGCUUGUUAUUAUCUUUGCUACUUAAAUAGUCCAAUUAAUCCACUUUGUUAUGCACUUGCUAAUAGACAAUUUAAAAAAACUUAUACACGUUUAUUACGAUGCGAUUUUCGAAAAUUGUAA